AUGUCAAGAAGCAAGAACUGUUUGACCAAAAUUGGAUUUCCUAUUGUCAGUGACAAUCGUGAUACGUUAAAAAGUUUAAAGCGAGUCAUGUCACGUCGUAGUAGUCGCGUAAUCGAAUCGCAGUUAAAGCAAAUUGAUGCAAUUUUUCGUGCACAUUCAGCUGAUCCACCGCAUGUUGUUACACUUGAAUUAAAGAAAGAUAAAAAUUGUGACGUUCAUGGAUUGUCUUUGACACGACGUGGUAGUAUGGAUUCGACAAAGAAUCUCUCUAGGAAAGGGUCAACAGCGUCAAGUGUUGAAGGAAAACGAAAUUCCUUCUGUUCAACUGAAAAAUUGAACGAAAACUUUCGUAAGAAGAAUCGAAAUUCAAUUGCAUCGUUCACUGAACUUGUUGAAAGGAGUGUGACACCAAAUGGCAAUGGAUUUAGUCGUGGUGCUGUCGAGCGUGAAGUUUUUAAUCGUCCGAGACGAGAAAGUAUGCCGAUAAUUGAUAAUGUGAAGACAUCAAACGGAAAGAAAAGUCCAUUGCAUGAAAAUUGGAAUAAUCGCUUGUUCAAAGGCAUGGAACAUCCUUCGAACUUCCCGAACAUGUUGCGUACAUCAUCGCAAAGUUUGAAUGGUAAAAAUAAUGGCGGCGAUCGUAGAUCAUCUUCAAGCUGGAAUGUAAAUCAUUUUCACAACUAUAAUGGAAACAGUAACUUGGACAAGAAACAGUCAUUGUCGACUUCUGAGAAAAUCUUCAAACGUGAUUAUGCUAAUGGAAGCAGCAGUGGAAGCAGUCCUGAACCAAAGAAGGAAUUGCAUUCGAUCUUGAAGAACAAAAAGCAUGACGAAGACGACUUGAAAGAAAUCAUCAAGCGAUUGUCGUUUGACUACAUUGAGAAGGAAAUGUCUCAGAAUGGUAACAAUAAGAUGGAAGUUGAUUUAUUAAGUAACAGUGACUCUUCGAGUGGUGGCAAUGGACGACGUACACCGAUCACAACAUUUAAAAACAUGCCACGUCGCAUUUCUGUUGAUUCGCUUGACUCACGAAGAGGUUCGAGGAGAUUUUCAGAUUUUACUGAUGAUGACGAUAUCGUCACUUUGAGAAAUCGUUUCAACAGCAAUUCAUCGCAGGUGCAACCAAGUGAUGCCAAUCGACCACGCUUCGUUGCUGUUACAUCGCUGGAAGAUGUACAAGCGGUCAGAUGUGCUGAAUUUCAUCCAAAUGGGACAGUUUAUGCUAUCGGAAGUAACUCAAAGACAUUUAGAAUCUGUGAAUAUCCAUCAUUGGCUGAUAUAAGAGAAGAACAUUCAACAUAUCAAGCGACAGUAUUAUUCAAGAGAACAAAACAUCACAAAGGUUCGAUUUAUUGCAUGGCAUGGUCACCACAAGGUGACUUGAUUGCCACUGGAUCAAAUGACAAAACAGUCAAACUUAUGAGAUAUAAUGACGAUCAAAAGCAGCUUGAAGGAAGAGAAAUUGAGUUGACAAUGCACGAUGGAACUGUUCGUGACUUAUGCUUCCUCGAAGACAGUUCAAACAAAUCGAGUCUUUUGAUUAGUGGCGGUGCUGGCGAUUGUAAAAUUUACAUUACAGAUUGUGCUACAUCGACACCUUAUCAAGCACUUAGUGGCCAUGGCAGUCACAUUUUGUCUCUCUACAACUGGGGUGGAGCCAUGUUUGUAUCUGGUUCGCAAGAUAAGUCAGUCCGAUUCUGGGAUUUACGAACCCGGGGAUGUGUAAACAUGGUGACACCAGCGACAAGUCCAAACUCAAGACAAGGUUCACCGGUAGCUGCUGUAUGCGUUGAUCCAUCAGGACGAUUAUUGGUGUCAGGUCAUGAAGAUUCAUCUUGCGUUCUCUACGAUAUUCGUGGCAAUCGUCCGAUUCAAUGUUUCAAACCACAUUCAUCUGACAUUCGGUCGGUUCGAUUUUCACCAUCUGCUUAUUAUCUGCUAUCAGCGAGCUAUGACAACAAACUUGUGCUCACAGAUCUGCAAGGAGAUCUUACGAUGCCACUUCCAUCGGUUGUGGUUGCGCAACAUAGUGACAAAGUCAUCUCAGGACGUUGGCAUCCAUCAGACUUUUCUUUCUUAUCGACAUCAGCUGAUAAGACGGCUAAGCUGUGGGCGCUACCGCCCGUUUAACAAACAAUGUUUAACAUAUAAUUUUAAUCAAGUUCUUCGUUAGUUUUCUUUCUGUUAAUAGCAAUUUUGAUCAAAAGAAACUUAUAUUUUAUUGUAAAUCGAACAGAAGUUUAUUGUUAACGAGAAAGAGUAACCUUAACCACGGUAAAUAGAUGAAACGUAAUUUAUCAUUCAUUUCUUUCGUGUCGAGGUCGAACACAAAAUGAAGAAAUAACUUUUUGUUAUUAUAUAUUUUAUAGACAACUCAUGCAGACUAAAAAUUAAUUUAAUUAAUCGCCUUUUACUAUAUUAAAUCAUAAUGAAAACGUUGUGCAUGCUUCUUUCUUCCGGAUAAAUAAAAGUCAUUGUUUGUAAUAAUUUUUGAGCUUUUUUUUGAAACUUGUUUUCUUUUGUUGAGUUAUUUUUUGCUAAUUUUUGCCUUUCUUCUUCUUUUCGGUGGGUAAAUUGUGAUUGGGAUGAAAGACGAGAAAUAAAAUAAUCGAAAAAUCAAAAGAAAAGUUAGCUGUAAAUCUUUCCUACUUAAAACCUCUUAUUCUUUUUUAUGGAGCAAUUCUAUUAAAAUUCUUUUGUUGCCAUUUCAUGAUUGAAAUUUCUGUUAAUAAUUAAAAUCGCUUGAGAUCCAAUUUAUCUAUGAAAUUCACAAAAAUUCUGAUAAUUAUUGAAAAAGGAAACACGCUUGCGGCUUAUGAAGUGAAAAAUAAAAUUGUUGCACAAUGUUUUUGUUCAAUGUUUUUUUGCUGUUCAAUGUUUCACAAACUUUGUGAAAGCUUUCAAUGUUUUCCAAAUGAGCUUUUGAUGCAAAUUUCUUUUUUUUAACAAAUGAAUAUUUACAUAAAAUAUCUUAUUAUGAAAUAAUGAUGUGAAUACAGUUAAGAUGAUAAAGAUUGUAAAUAACUCUCUAAGUAUUUUCGUAUCAAAACAAAAUUUAUAAAAAACUAAAAAGUUUCAAAAUGAUUGGAAAUUUUCUCACAAAUUGCUUAUCUCUUUUUUGCUUAUGGUGCAUUCGAAAGACUGUUUGAAUCUUCACUUACUCAUGAACAAAACAUAUUGAAAUUAUUUGAAAUGAGAAACUUAUUGAAACUAAGUGGCAUUUGUAACAUUUCCUUACUUUACUCUUUUUAUAAUGCGACAUGGAAGAUAUUAUAAAAUUAAAAUGCUAGGAACAAAAACAUUUGUAACGAAAAAACUGUUUCAAGUAAUCAAGAAAAUAAAUUUAUUAUGAAUAAAAAGUUU